ACAUCAAACCCCGACCUCAAGCGGCAGAUCCUUAGCAUCUCUGCAUAUCCACAAUGGUGACCGCGGGGAAGAAGUUGAAGAAGACACAUGAGAGCAUAAACAACAGGUUAGCUCUGGUCAUGAAGAGCGGUAAGUUUACACUUGGGUACAAAACAGUUCUCAAGACACUUGAGAACUUCAAAGGAAAGCUUGUAUUGAUAUCCAACAAUUGCCCACCUCUGAGGAAGUCUGAGAUCGAGUACUAUGCUAUGCUCGCUAAGGUUGGAGUUCAUCAUUACAAUGGAAACAAUGUUGACCUUGGGACAGCUUGUGGAAAGUAUUUCCGUGUGUCCCGCCUUAGCAUUGUUGAUCCAGGUGAUUCAGACAUCAUCAAGACUCUGCCUGGAGACCAAUAAAAGAUUUACUUAGUGGAAAA